AGACGCGUAGACCCUCCCGAGCUUCUGGGAGAGGCCACGCCCCCACACAGUGCUAACUAACCCACCACAAGUGGGUCUCCCCGGCCCAAACGUGUACUACGACCUAUAAGCACCGAGUACGUGCCAGGUGGUGGCCAGGAACGGUGAUGCCCACCGCUGUGGGGGAUGGCAAGAUGGGCCCCUUCACCGUGGGUAGGAUGAUAAUCAAUACAACCCUUCUAGGAAAGUGAGCUCAAAACACGCACCGUAAACGAGACGCCCUGGGGCUUCCUGGCAGUCCACGGUUACGACUGGACUCGCACUGCCAGGGGCCCGGGUUAAGCCCCUGGUCGGGGACGAAGACCCUGCAAGCUGUGCAGCACGACCCAAACAAACGGAACCCCACAACCAGACCCAGAGGCGCCCAGGGCCGAUGGCCCCUGCCAACGCCCCGAGAACCUCUGGAGACCGGAACCCCACAAACCAGACCCAGAGGCGCCCAGGGCCGACGGCCCCUGCCAACGCCCCGAGAACCUCCGGAGACCGGAACCCCACAAACCAGACCCAGAGGCGCCCAGGGCCGACGGCCCCUGCCAACGCCCCGAGAACCUCCGGAGACCGGAACCCCACAAACCAGACCCAGAGGCGCCCAGGGCCGACGGCCCCUGCCAACGCCCCGAGAACCUCCGGAGACCGGAACCCCACAAACCAGACCCAGAGGCACCCGGCCCCGGAGCCUCGGUGCGGCCCUGCUUCCCUGCGACACAGGGGAGUUGGGCUGGGUGUCCUGCAGGGACCAGGGCUGGCACGCAGGACUGGGCCAGGGUCUCCUUGUGGCCCCCUCGGCCGAGAACUGAGGUCGGCAUGCACGGUGGUGGGGGCCCACAUCCAGGGUAGCGUCCGAGCCACCCCCAUGACACAACCCAGCUGUGGCCACAGGGUCCUGAUGGCUCGUCCACAAGGAGACAGACGGGCCUCCAAAUGUGGAGUCGCAGCUGCUGGGCGGUGACCGGGCACACAGCGGGGCUUUGUGCUGACGAGGCUGGGGGGCGGUGUUUCAUCUGCGAUCUGUGUACUUUGGAAGACUGCGACUACAGCCCAGCACCAAAGGUCGCAGAAGCGCGCGGCCGACCUUGGCCGAUUCUGCCCCUGCAGAGCCACUUUGCACCAGCGGCACAGAGCUCCAGCUCCUCCGGGAUGUGGUGCCCGCUGCGCCCGUUCCUGCUGGCCCUCCUCCUGGCAUCUGCGUGCAGGACCCUUGGCCCGCGGGGGCGGCGAGAUGACGGUGGGGGCGAGCCCGAGUCUGCGGAGCCCCAGUGGGGGCGGCUGAAGGGCAGCAACGUGAGCAGGCCCCUGCCGCCCGCCGCCUUCCACGAGGAGAACACGGUCACCACCGAGUGGGCCACGGACGGGGAGGAGGAGGAGGACUACCUGGACCUGGGCCAGAUCUUCGGGGAGGACGGCGACGACUACGGCGACGUCGUGGACGCGGACCCCCCCCCGCGCCCCGGGGCCGGCGCCGGCAGCGUGCUCCCGCUCUUCCCCGGCAAGAGCCGCGUGCAGCGGCUCAACCUCCUCAACGCGCAGUUUGCCUUCGACCUGUACCGGGCGCUGGCGGCACGGGCCGGCACGGCCGACAACAUCUUCCUGGCGCCCGUGGGCGUGUCGGCCGCCAUGGCCAUGCUCUCCCUGGGCCUGGCGGGCGACACCCACCAGGAGGUGCACGCGGCCCUGCGCUUCGCUGAGUUCGUCAACGCCAGCACCGCCUACGAGCUGGGCACCGUCCACAACCUGUUCCGGAAGCUGACCCACCGCCUCUUCCGCAGGGACUUCGGGUACACGCUGCGCUCUGUCAGUGACCUCUACGUGCAGAAGCAGCUCCCGGUCCUGGACGACUUCAAGGCCAAGGUCCGGGAGUACUACUUCGCCGAGGUCCGGGCGGCCGACUUCUCCGAUCCGGCCUUCCUCGCCCACACGAACCGGCACGUGGCCCGGCUCACCAAGGGCCUCAUACGAGACGCGCUGCAGGACGUGGACCCCGCGACGCAGAUGCUGCUCCUCAACUGCCUCUACUUCAAAGGGUCCUGGGUGAACAAAUUCCCGGCGGAAAUGACACACAAGCACAGCUUCCGGCUGAACGAGCGGGAGGUGGUCAAGGUCCCCAUGAUGCACACCAAGGGCGCCUUCCUGGUAGCCGGCGAUCAGGAGCUGGGCUGCGACGUGCUGCGGCUGGACUACGUGGGGGGCGUCAGCAUGCUCGUGGUGGUCCCACACAAGCUGUCCGGGAUGAAGGCCCUGGAGGGCCAGCUGACGCCCCAGGCAGUGGAGCGGUGGCAGAGGAGCAUGGCCAACAGGACACGGGAGGUGCUCCUGCCCAAGUUCAAGCUGGAGAAGGACUAUGACCUGGUGGGGGCCCUGCGGGCCCUGGGGGUCACGGCGCUCUUUGACAAGCACAGCAACACCACGGGGAUCACGGGCCAGAGGAUCGUCAUCGACCUGUUCAAGCACCAAGGCACCAUCACGGUCGACGAGGAGGGCACGCAGGCCGCGGCCGUGACCACCGUGGGGUUCAUGCCGCUGUCCGCCCAGGUCCGCUUCAGCGUCGACCGGCCCUUCCUGUUCCUCGUCUACGAGCACCGCACCGGCUGCCUGCUCUUCCUGGGCCGGGUCGCCAACCCCACCCGGCCUUAGUGGCGGGGCCUGGGCGUCUCGAGUGCUUUGGGGCAUCCACGAUCCUAUUUCCCUUCUGACAACCACCACGAGGUGCCUGCGCCAGGACCCCGUGGCCCAGCCCCCUUUCCGGGAGACGUGGACGAGGAGGCGACACUCGUACCAUCAAGCCUGCAGGACAGCUGUCACUGAAGGGUGCUGGCGCAGACACACGGCCCCCUCCUCACAGGUCAGCCCCAGGCCCAGCAGCGCCCCUCUGCCACCCAAAACUGCUCCCCACUAUGGAGCACGAGGGCCCCCAAGAUGCUGACAGCCAGCCCCUCCUCAAGCGAGGCCCAGCCCGCUGGCAGAGGCAUGGCUGCUCAGAGCACAGCGUGGGCCGCAGCCACGCCUCCCACCCAGGGCUUAAUAAACGUGACGCUUUUA